UGACGAGUGGGGGAGGGGGGCUCGAGCUCCCGGAUGCCGUUGGGCGCGCGAGCUCUGCGGGGUUAGCUGUCGUUGCCGGCUCGCCUGAGGACGCGCCGGCAGGGCGGCGGAGGUGGCGCCGGGCCUGGCUGCCCCGCCGGAGCAGGCGCCGGGGAGCAGCGGUGAACCAGUUUUGCAGGAUGAGCACUGUAGCUGAAGAAGUUAAGCCAGAAGAUGGCAAACCGGAAUCUGAAAAAAAAAUAUUUUAUUGUGAAGUUUGUAGAGUUCCAUGUAUGAGUUCUAUAAGUCUUCAGUCACACUAUCGUGGUGCAAAGCAUAGAAAGAAAGAGAAAGCCCUGAGACCCAAGACUGUCUAUUGUCCUCCAGCUCCAGUCCGAACUCCGAUCAAGUAUGAAACACAGAGACCAGUGAAGAGAGGACUCAGAAAGGACAUAACCUGUCUGAAGGAUUUUAUGAAUGAUCCUAAAAGAGAAGAACCUCUAGUUGGUUUAGAACAUGUGGUUGAAAUCAGAUUUGAAGGAAGAAAAGAACCACAUUAUGAGUGCAAGCUGUGUGGGUUUAAUACAGAGAUGGCACCUAUGAUAGAACAUCUUAGUGGAUAUAAACACAGAAGAGCAUACAUCUCUAAAGAAUUUCCAGAUAAAAUGAAGAGAAAGACAACAGAUGUAAAAGAAUGCAAAGUCUCAUUUCUCAGACGGAUAGCAGGAGAGCUAGAGAAGACUGAAGGAUUAAAAAUGUAUAAGAUUGAAGGUUACAUAAGACCAAGUACCUCACCCCCAGCAAAGAAGAAAGCAAGGUGGGAAGAUGAUUAUAAGCGUGAGAAUGAUCCUGUUCGGAAACAGAAAGCUCUAGAGUUCUUGGAGACUUUUCACAUCACCUCAGACUCAGAAGCAACACUUGUUGUUCAUAUUACACAGGAACUCACAGAAGCUUUGAAGGCCUUUUGUGAAAAGAAAGCAGCAGUUAAUUAUACUAGCAGUCUGAGGCCACUGAUGUCAAUAUCUCAAGAUGAAUUUUCAGGAAGGAAAAGCAUCCCAAAACACUAUAAGCCAUAUGGAAAAUUCAGAGGAAAUUCUAACUGGAAUCAAGGGGUUUUGUGUCAGUAUGAAGAGUGUUCUGCAGAUGGUUCUUUUGCUCCUGCUAACUCAUACAGUUACCGAACAGAUGAUGGAUCAUCUUCCUAUGGACUAAGAUCUAAUGACUUUGCAAUGAUGUCUGCACUCAGGGACUCUUUUGCUCUUCAGACCGGAAGUCCUACCAGUGGCAUCAGUGAAUGGCUGAGACAGUUCACCCGAUCUGCUUCUGGCAGUAAUUCAGCUGGUGGGGCCUCUUCCUACGAGGCAAGUCCAGUGAGUGAGUACUCAGCAGAAUAUAUGUCCAACGAUGUGCAAGGAAGUAAUCUCCCUGAUAACAGAAUCUUAUAUGGUGGGGAAAGUACAAAUUGGAGGAAUCAACAAGCAUGUACAAAAGCAAGGAGUAUAAGUCAUCAAGGAUCACCCUAUCCCAAUUCUUCUGGCUCAUAUCCUGCAUCUGGAAGAUACUCCACAAACUAUCCUUCGCAAAGCUAUUCCUCUUACAAGAAUGAUGAAUCUGUGAAUACCUGUACAUCUUCUGCUGUUUCAGGAGGAGGUGGCUCUAGGUGGCAGGAGGACUCUAGGUGGAAGGAGGAGUCUACCUGGAACCAGGACUCGAGGUGGAACCAGGAAUCUAGGUGUCAAGGAUUCAGGCAUCAGAAGUCUAGCUACAGGAGUGAUUGGAGCUCACAUCAGUACUCAGUUUCUGGCAGUGGUUCAUACAGGUAUUACCAGCAAUUCAGAAGCUCAGAUAAGAUGUUCGAUGAAGAUGCUGUUGGUCUUACUCCCAACAUUUUGAAUAGACUACGAGGAAAGGAUAUACCUACAAUGACCAGGAUACUCACACAGUUGGCUCCCUAUUAUCCAGCACUUCAGAAACUGAAUAUUCAGACAUUAGUCAACGUGCUAGUAGAAACUAGAGGAGAAGAUUAAGGAGCAACAACAGCUGAACUGGAAACAGAUGAACAGGUUCAAGAAUCUCCAUCUCUUAGCUUUCAGGAAAGAGACUGCGUUUAAUUCUGUGUUUGACUGGUUUUGGAAGGGGAAAGGGAGGUAGGGUUUAAUUUUUUAACAUGUGAAAUAUAUCUGGAACACAAACUUGCACAUAACGGAGGUGAACAUACUAUUUUGUUUAGGCUUUUUUAAUGUAUUUGUUAUAUCUUAGUAUAUUACAGAAAAAAUCUUUUGUUAUUUUUUGAAAAUAUGUUAAUGUUAUUCCGUCAGCAAAAAGCUAAUAACCCUUUCAACACCCUUCCCAACUCAGAAGAAGGAAAGGUUUACUUUUAUGUUAUCUACUUAGGAAGAAUAUUCACUAAAAUACAGGUCCGUUGCAUGAACAAUAGAGGUUUACUUUUCUUCACACAAAUGUAAGGCCAGUUCAGUUAAUUCAAGACAUUAUAAUUAGCAUAUUUUUAGAAAUUGAUACACUACAUUUCUGUUUAGACAAAGAAAGGAUAAUGUCACAACAAAGGUAUUCUCUGUCUUAGCAUGGUGCUGUAUGAGGAAAAUGUAAUCUAUUCUAGGGGACUGGUAUGUAAUGGGACAUAUUACUUUCAUUUUUGCAGAGUAAAAAGAGAUGUGAAAUAUAUGCAGGGUUUUUUAUCAUGUUCAGAAUGAAAUGGUUACAAAUCGACUUAAUCUCAUUUGAUGGAUUGAUCCAUACUAAAAUAAAAAAUCUUUAUUCUUUCUACUGGCAAAA